AGUUCUUUGGGUGGAACAUUUUUUUACUCUUAGGUUGGGACUAUUAUUGCAAUCGUGCAACAUUGUCCCCAUAUGACCAUACCAACCCUAACUUCAAGUGUCUUUGACUGUGUAACGACAAAUAUUUGUUUUAUAAGAAAUUUUUCUUUAAUAAUAUAUUUGAUUGUUAUCACUGUAUAAUAGUUUAAUUAAAUUUAGUAUAAUUUUCAGUAAUUUCAACAUCCACCAUGGCUAAUUAUAACAUUCCUCAGUGGGGAUGGCGGGAUUUGGAAGAUAUUUUACAAUGCCAUAUCUGCAUGGACAUUGUACAAUCACCACCUGGCUCGAUAAUAGAACAAUGCAUUCAUGGACACCACAUUUGCGCCAAUUGUCGGGCUCGAGUUGAGAAUUGCCCCACUUGCAAAUGUACUUACAUCGGAACGAGAAAUUUUGUCGUGGAGGAGCUUGUGAAAAAUUUUGAAAUUUUAAAGAACAUAAUGAAUCUCUAUGAACCCCUAGAGGAACCCCCAAAAGACAAUACGGUGCAACUCAAUGCAUCUGCGCCUGCUUUCGAUCCAACCGUCACAACAACCACUACAACCGCUAAUGGUCCUGGGAAGGGCAUUUAUCCCUGUAGAGUGGACAAUUGUGACGUGCGACUACCUGCUAGUAGAUUACUUAACCAUGUUCGGAGUUUUCAUGCUGAUAAAUUAACUGAGUCUGCCUUGGAUGGAACUGGUUCCUUUACAAAAGAAUGGGAAUUCUCCUUUAACACUCCAAAACUGAUCAAUAGAAUGUCCUUUGUGAUCUUUGUGUCAGGAAUUGGCGUUGUAUUCCUUAAUAUAGAGAUUUUACGAACAGGCCACCUGGCCGCUUUCUUAAGGGCCAACAUGAAAUACACUCAAGCACAAAGGUGCUUGGCAAGUCUAGAAUUUUACUCUGAAAACGGAAGCUAUCUUUAUAGCACUCAGUUGGUAUCUGUAAAAGACAACAUAGAAAACAUGCUCAACAAAAAAAAUUGCUUCGUUUUAACAAAACAUCAACUGAAAGCUUUGUGCGUCAGUAGAAAAUUUCAUUUAAGAUUGAAGUUGUCCCGUUAUGAUACUAUAACUCAAUUAUCAACGCCCAAUACAGAACAAAUCGGUAUAGUGGCAUUGAUUAGAAAAGGCCUUUGUGAAGAAGAGAAGAAAAAUAAGCCGUUAAAGAAAACUGAAAAAUCAAACGAUAAAAAAACAAAGAAAGCAGACGUGGUGAACCGCAAUCAGCCGCAGUCCAGUGCUUCAUCUACAGAACUGUUUGAUAAAGAAAAAAUUAUUAAAGACAUUUUGGAUACUAUUCGCAACAAUGGCCUAAUUAGCGAACUUUUUCAAAACAAUUCUAAUCUAGCACACGUCAAUACUCCUCCUGUUCCACCGCCUACCGCUCCCAGUAAAGGUCCAUCUAGAAGAAGAAAGAAUAGGAGAAGAUAAAUUAGUAAUGUAUGAAUUCAAGAAAUUUAUUGUUUUCUUCAUUUUCUGGCCAAUAUAUUUUUUUCCUUUACGUAA